UGCAAGAGCGACGUGUUUGGAAAUAAACUGCGUUGGUUUCUGAGGCGAGUUCGUUUAUCAUUCAAAUUGCCAAUUCGGUUAAACAGCCAAGCAGAAAUGGCUCGGUGGGAACAAUACCUGUACUUCCGGACUGUCAAACAAAUUUCACGCGAAAAAAUCGAAAUAUCGGUACUUGUAUAAACAAAUGUGUAAUAAUAAAGUGACAGCUCAAACCAGCAAAAUAUUAAUAUAAAAUACUUGUACUUAAUAUUACUUAAAUCAGAAUAGUGAGCAAAUAUAACUCAUCAAUAUUGUGUUGUUGUUCGAAGCUUUUGUAACUUUUAAAUACUAAUUUUAACAAGAACGUUAAGUUUGAAUUCAUAUUGGUGUGUAGCCGAAGCGAUUCAUACAUGCUUUAAUUCCGCGCCACAUAAAACAUAUUCAAACUUCUGAUUCGAGUGACGAACUAUGUUGGUUGAAGAAAACCAGUAAAACCGCCUUGCCAGCAUCGCCAGUCACUUACCUGUAUACCUACCAACGCAUCCCGGUCUACAUAAGCCAAACAAACCGUUGAGACUGCCGUCAAAGAAUCUUUAAAGGAGCGGCAGCCACGCGAUAUGACGAAUAAACAUAAUACGAAUUUUAUAGAUGGUUAAUAGCACUACAUCGCUGACCGAGAAUGAUAACUGUGAACCAAUUGUUUUGCGUUUGAUUUGAGUUGAGAGAAAAUACCUGUGGGUUGGAGUGCGAAUGGAGAUACGAAGUGUAAUUGUACUAAAGUGUAAAGUGUUUGUAGAAAGAGCGUAUAUUGCGAAUGUUUGGGAACACAUAAUCAACUAGGUUAAUACCAAACUAAUAUUGAAGAUUAUAUGUAAAAAUAUAAAAAAACAAUAACUCGAACUAUAGUGGAAUUCCGAAAUACGUAAAAGUAAUAUACAUACAUACAUGUACAUACAAUGCAUAUAAAAACGCUCCUAUUGAGAAGCAUAGAACCCAAGACAAGCUGCUUCAUAAACCCAGCGGGGCGACGAAAGGGCAACCGUUUAUGCUGGCAGCCAAAGGCGCUAUGUCUGUGCCUGUACUGAGGAUUUAUUAUACGAACAUGAGCUCAAAGUUGUUUUUCCAGUUUUUUUGCUUUGAAUCACGACAAGCAUUAAAAAUAUUUACAGUGCCGGCAAAUGAAGAUGAAGAAAUUGUUGGAUAUCAAAGCAAAUGCUAACUUAGGCUUGUACAUUAAAAAAGUAAAAAAGUGCGACAAGAGAGCAGCAGAAGUGAAAAAUAAUGAGUGAGAGAAGUUCUUAAAGUGCAGUUGAUGCUCAUAAUAGGAAAGCGAAAUAUAUGUAAGGUGUAGAACCAUAUCAAGAGCAGAGAUUAAGAGAUAAGUGUAAUCAGUUAAAUGUUAAAAAAUAAAAAAUAAAAUAUGUUUAUCAUUUCCAAAGUGUUUAUAAAAAGUGAUGUGUAAUGAAGAAAAAAUGCUGAAGUGCCAGUGCCAAUAAAACCUCGCAGUGCCUACUUAUUGUGAAAAUAAAAUAGGUUUUAUAGAAAACCACACUGCCAAUUUUUUAACAUCCCUAACAUAAUGUAGUAAUUUUUCUUUACAAAAAAGUUGUUGGAUUUCGCAUUGUAACAACAACAAUCAUACAAAGCAUAAAAACUUUGCCGGCCGGCCGCCACCCACAUUGCCAGCGAAAAUCCUACACAGAUAAUUGCAAUAACAAACAAAAAUACCCACUCUCUUCAUACUUAAGCACGCUGAGAGCCGAAGAUGCCGUUCGUACAGCGCGUCGUGCAACCGACGCGGCUGGCGUUAGCUUCCGCCUCCUCCAGAGUUGACGAGCGCACGCGAACCGCCAAAUUCCAUUGCACGCCCGGCAAAUGUAAAAACAACAACUGUAUUAAUAAACAAACGACACAAACACAACCGCCACAACAACAUAUGAGCGUAGAAAAUGUGAGAGAGGAAGCUUGCGUUGAGAAUGGUGGUGUACUUUCAAGGACAACAGCCAUUGCCAAGGACACUGCACAGCAGCUGCAGCAGCAACAGCAAACGCGUAGUCUUGCGGGCACACCCACUGUGGGUGCGAACCACACCACCGUUACGCGAGCUAUAAUACACGUGUCGCAACAAAACGGCGAAACAACGAGUACACUUGGUUUCACAGCAACAAAAACAACUGCCACAUCAGCGCCAACCACGCCGAUGCGUGAUGUUGUCGAUUGCUCACAUCAUAAUCAUCAUCAUCAUCUGCAACACCAACAACAACUUCAGCAACAUAAUCAAACAAACGGUUAUACAUGUAGUUUCAGUUAUGCUACCGAUACGGAAGAAGACAUUUCCGUGGCAUCGACUUCUACACCAGCUGCACCGCUUUCAUUAAAGAAGCUCAAACACCAUGUGGAAUUCUUAUCCACCGCACCAUCACCAACGCGUAGCGCUAGCGCCGGAGAGAUCGGCCAGCAGCAGCAAAGUCAGCGACAAUUACAAUUACAACAAUUGCAACGACAGCGUCAGCAGCAGCAACAACAACAGCGCACACAAUCGCCAACAGCAGCGAAAAUUGUGUCCGGCCAUGAAUUCGAAUCCAUCAGCAAUCUCACAUUGAGCAAUGCCUUGCGUCAAUUGGCAUCGCUGGUGCUAUUAGCUAAUGACAUAUUCGAUGAGUUGCAGACCGAGCUGCUGUCGGUUGGUGAGCGUGCGCGCACUGUGCAACGAAAAAUCAUAGCUGUGGAGCAGCGCGUCUCCGUCUACGAUCCGAAGAUGGUCACAGUUCCUGAGAGCGACCUCUUAACUUUCGCGCAGCGCAAAACGCAUUUCGAGUGCGACAAGUCGAUUCGCAAGGAGCUCUUCACCGCCACCACACGUCCGCCCAGUGUUCGUAUACUCUAUGAGGAGGCGGCCCGCGUUAGGCCAACACCGGCCGCCCUCGCCUACCACUCACCGCAUUCGCCACGCUCCUUUACAUCGGCUGAUGGGGCGAUGGUGUGCGGCGAUGCCGCCAACGCAGAUUGUGCACCGCUGCUGGAUGGCAUGAACGCUGGCGACUUCGAUGAACUGGUUUGUACGCCCGUCUUUGGCAAAACCAAUCGCAAGAUGCGCACCAGAAUUGAUGCUGAAAUUGAAAUAAGAUUGCCCGCCGCCAUUGAAGAUCUCCGCAAGUGGACAUCGAGCGAAGCGUUAGGCGACAUGACGGUCACACCCGAUUGUAUGCAUCAUGUUGACACGUCCAUUAGCACCUCGAUGGUGAUCGGCGAUAAUGGGGUAUUGACACCCGCCCUGUCUCCGUCCGUGCUGUCGGCCGAUGCAGUCGACGCACUCUACGCCAUAAAUGUCAGCCAAAUUGGCGACAAUACGCAACUGCCUAACGAUAUAAAUAAAGAUGUGCCUUUGAAUCAUCGACUGCCUUCACCCGAGGAACAAUGUAAAAUAAUAGCUUUAAGGUAUCCAGCCGAAGUGAUCUCGGUGGACACGUCGGGCAAACGUUUCCAGCGCAUGUGUGCCGCGCGCAAAUCGACAACCGGUUGUUAUACCGGCAACAUGGCCGAGACGAACAAUUUGAACGAUGACGUACAAACGGUGAGCCGACGUUCACGUUCGAGACGUGUACGCGGCAAACGACGUAACACAAUCGCCGGCACCGAUCAGAAGGAAAUUCAAGAUGCGGCAAAUGGUGACUCGACAGCAACAAGCGGUGAGAUUAAAAACGCAUUAAACGACGUCGCCGUCGCCACCACGCCAGGCAAUGCCAAUCUUCCCGUAGGAACCACCGCCGAUGGCAAUGACGAAGAUGUGCGUCGUGGCGAUAAAUCGAAAAAGUUCGGGCGCAGCAAAUCGAGCGAUAUCUUAAAAAAAGAUGCUGUUGCCUUGCCCUACGAUAAGGGGAAGAGCACACUGACACGCCUAAAUUCCCUUAAACAAUGGGGUCGCAAUCGCUUCAAGUUUAUGCAGCGUGCCGAGACAGCAACGCCGUCCGGCAGCGAUAGUGGCGCCCAUGAUGUAUCGGCAUGCAGCAGCAGCAGCAAUAGUUCGCAGCAACAAACCACGACACCCGAGAAAGCAGAGCCCAACAACGGUAAUAGCAACGCCAGCAAUGCAACUAAGGCAAGUCAAUCAACGCGUAGCGCCACGGGCGAUAUUGAUGAUGAAUGCGUUGUGCAUGAUUUGGUGAGCCAGAAGAGCGAAGGUCGGUUUUCGCACGAACGAAAACCGUCAUAUUCGUCGUCGGAGAAGAGCAUGAGUGUUAGUAGCAGUGGUCACCUUAAAGGUAAACUGCAUCUGGCCACCUGUGGUAAUGUGAAGUUGCGUGAUACUUCAUCGUUGAAUCGUCAACGACGACUCGGUAUCACCAACAACGGUGCAUUGGGCGGCAAAGACGAGCAACCGCAUUCGUCUAGCGGCAAUUGGAGCGCCAGCUCUGAAUCAGGGCGCGCUUCCAUAGGUAGUGAAAUCACUAUACAACCUAAAUCGAGCGCCUCCAACACAUCGCUUAAUGUAUCAAGCUUUCAUCCGGGUAGUGGACCGCCAUCGUCCAUGAUGAGCCGACGCCGUUUCUUAAACACUUCCGCUUCGAGUAGUGUGACAAGCGAGGGUACCGCUACACCCGAUUUACAAGUAGCCGAUGGCUCAUAUCCAAACCAUUUAGAUGAUGAAACAAGUUCGGCUUAUUCAUGCGAUACAGAGGGUUACUACACCUCAUUUCACAUGGAUAGCGGUUUGCGCACGCUGAAAGAGGAAGAUCCGCCAAUGACACCAUUACAACACAAUCAAAUGUUGCAUACGAGUAAUUAUUCUUUCGGCAGUCAGUCCAAUCAGACCGUAUUGACGGCAGAAAAUGAAUAUGAACUCUUCGGCAAGGGCUCCACAUCCACCACAACUAGCUCAGCGGGCACUGUGUGUACAACCCUCUUGGUUGGUGGAGAACAGAGCAGCUUAAAUAGCGUCGGCCCAGAUGUGCCCGAACGCAUUAGCUCAUUGGGUAAGUUGAACAAGAAUAAUCACAGCAAUAGCGCAAGCACCAGCACGCUUGAACGCAGCUACUCCAGCAGCACAAUAGGUAGCACUUUAGAACGCACUGGCACCAUAAAACGCAAUGUUAAUGCCGGACUCAAAUUAAAUACCGCCGCCGAUGCGGAGGAUAUUGAUGGCAUAAAAAGUAGUUUUGAUACGCCCGAGUCGCAAGAAGAAGAAUUUGAUUUCGAAAAACGUAUACGCCGACGCUCUGCGCAACCUUUGCCUGCGGUGGUCGCUAUGUCCGAAGUAGAAUGCUCCGAAAGCUCCGAUUUGGAGGGUGUGGAACGUAUUGAACGCAUAAAACAGAAGACUGCCAUUAACGUAAAGCGCAUACCGUCCAUGUGUAUCAUAACGCCAACCACUAGCGAUGACGAGAACCAAAGCAGAGAUGGCGGCGACGGCGAUGCCGAUGAAGCUUACGAUCCAGACCGCACUUUAACACCACAAAGCUCGCCACGUUCGAACGCAACGGCAAAGGCAGAAACCACCCUUAAAGUGGAAGUAAGCGAAGUUACCGGCUAUUGCACUGUGGAUGGCCAGGACACUUCGAAUAAAGUAACGGAAGCGCCACUCACCCCCACCAAGGGUGACAAAGACCACAAUCUGAAUGUGCUCAAACGUAAUUCCAAUUAUGCAUUCAACAUGUUCGAAAAAUUAAAGGUCGUCCUGCCAAGUAUUAAACGUUCGCCAAGCAAAAGCUCACAACCCGAGAGUGUGGUAGACGAUGAUGAGCUAUACGACACAGCCGGUGAGUAUGUCACCAUUGCAGAUAUUAGCAACAACAAUCGUCACAAACAAAUGUCAGCCCAGAAGGCGGUGGGUGCUAGUAGUCUUGGAAUCUACUAUUCCAAUGACAUAGUUCGACGCAAGUUCGACAUUGCCUCCGCUUCCGCCGACGCCGCAACGAAGGCUAACGAGCCAGCUGCAGCGGCCAUGGAGGCUAGAAAGCGCGAGACCGAGUACGUUUCAUUGAAUGAGCUGCCGCAGCAUUUGCGUAAAGUUGGCAGCAGCAUAUACAGCAGCAGUACUGCAUUGAGUGCAACAGCCAACAAUGAAAUUACCGAUGGCAAUGCAAGCCAACAAGAGGCGAAGCAAGCAACAACAACAGCGCUCAUGCACUGCGCAGAAUCCGCACAACAAAGGAAAUCAGUUGUUGAGUCCGCCGUGCCCAUGUAUGCCGAAAUCAGCGAAGUACGAGAGCAGUCUUUAGUCUCUCCACUAACGCAACACAAGGGUGCUCGCGUCCGUCUAAAUUCGCAGGGCAAAAUUAUUUACGAAUCCGACAGCCUGAAGCGACGCAAGGGCGCACACACAACAUUCGCACCUGGACCAUAUGUAAAGGAAACUGAAAGUGCGCUGCCCGAAAUCAUAAGCGUCAACGCACAAACACACACGCACCCGCUACACGCGACUCAAUUGCAAGCCCAAUCUCAGUCGCAGUCUCAAUUGGGCAGUGAAAGUGCAAACGCGACGAAAACGUAUAUUUCCGCAACGCCAAAAACAACAGCGGCCAAAUUACUGUUACUAAAUGGUGGUGUAGCGGCGAACCGAAAAAUCGCCAAUGUGCGUCCCAUUGUUGCCAAAUCACCAUUAACAUUAGCUAGACAACAGCAACAACAAGCAACACAGCCGAAUUAUACCGGGCAGCUAGCCAAUAAUCAAGUAAAUAUGUCAUUGUCGUCUGGCUUGUAUGAGGAACCGCAUGCCGCACUGGCGUACAGCAGCAGUUACCAGGACAACAAGAAUAUGCUGGCCAACAAUACAAAUCCAUUCUUCCAAUCCAAUCUCAUUACACAGCACGCCGCAGCACCGGCGACAGCGCUCAUGAUGAUGCCCUCACCAUCGACCAAGUCCACUUCGUCCACGGGCUCCACCAUAUCGUCGAGCGCAUCCACGAAUACCAGCAGCGGCACAUCGAGCGCAUCCUCCGCCAAGGAAGAAGGUUAUCAACGUUUCUAUAGAACGAGAGAUCAACAACAACCACUGCCACAACCGCCAGUUGAUUCGGAGACGCAGUCAACGAUGGAGGCGACGACGCCCUUCCAGCGCAACACACCCAUCUACUGGACGCUACAGAAUCGUAAGCAACAAAAGCCGCCGCCAAGUAAUGUCACCUGUCGCGACGAUCUCUAUGCCACGCCCAUAAAACGUUCCGAACGUGUGGCACGCGCAGCAGCGGCCGCCGCGCAAAAUGGUGCGAAUGGUUUGAAUGGCGCGAGCAACCUAUCGCCGAUAGUACCGCGCAAUCGUAACGGUUUUCAAACAUCCACACCUUCGCGGGGCGAUGAUGCCGCAUUGGCUGCGCUGAAUAAUUCUCCCUGUCGCCAACCGCUAAGCCGCAAUCCGAAUUGGGCUGACGAUAAUUCGCCGGAGCGCUAUAACACUUGUUCGGAUCGCAUCGGUCAUAGUAAGACAAGUUUGUUGGACUUCAAAAAGCUUUUGCUAGCGAAAUCGGCCAAAACGAGUCCGGUGCAACGAAAGCUCUCGGCAGUGGAGCUAUUGAAGAAAACAAGUCCGGUUAAUGCAGCUACAGCGGAAACAACACCAGUUAAUAAAGUGAGUGGUGCAGUCAGCGGUACGCAGGCGUUGAACAGCAGCAUGAAGUUGCUGGACCUAAGCGGCUCGCCCAAAACUUUUGCCAAUCGACGCAUGUUGCGCCAAGGUCAAUUCGGCUCGCCAUCUAAAAGUUUUGCACCCAAACUGAAGAGUGCCACCGGUGGCGGUCUAGCAAAUACGGUGCAGCGCACCAACAUUAUGUCCACCACCAUACCAGAGGUCAACAGCGAGGAAGAUCAUUCCAGCACGGCAUCGAGCACGAACAGCUCGAACGCCAGUAAUGACAAGGAACCGGCGACACCGCUCACAACGGCCAAUGCGUCCGACAGCAUUAACAGUCGCGCGUACGAUUUGAAGCGAAACUUUUUUCUACAAACGGAGGAAAACAAUUUCAUGCGUGGCGAAAUGAAGACGACAUUCGGCAGGGGUAAUAACGCGGCGUCGGCAACAACAUACGCGCCAGCGCCAAUAGCAUCGGUGGCUGCGGGCACAGCCCUAACAAACAACAAAUACUACGGUGGACAGCAGUUGAGCGCCGCUAACGGUAGUCCCUUAAGGGCUUCGAAUUACGAAGGCAAUCGUCAUUUCACAAAACCAACGCCGGGAGCAACGCUGACGCCGCCGCCAACAGCGCCUGUAACAACGCAUAUGCCGGCACUAGAGACGGCGCUCUAAGCGCAGGCACGCCCACAACUUGCACUGAUGCCGACAUACAGUUAUAGGAAACGAACGAAAAGCAAUUUCGAAAACAAUUAACGAACGUUCAACGUAUUUUUUUUUUUUUUUGUACUCUUCGUAACGCUUGAAGGUGUCGAAAACGAGGCGCGACGACAAAGAGCGGAGGCUAGCUGUAGUAGUGUGACGCUAAAUGCUUGAUGCCAAUUUUCGAAAUAUUAAAUUAUAUGUUUUAUACACACACAUACAUGCAUAACACACACGCGAACACAUUUUACCGAAUGCACAUCUACAGUUACAGUUAUAAAAUUGAAAAGCGCCAAUUGCAUACGCUUCAGCGCUGACGUAUAUUCAUUAGCAAUCAAUUGCAUAUUUACAAUGCAACAACAAAAACGAAAACGUUUAGUAUUACAGCGACGUAUGCAUUUAUGAAUAAACAAACAAACAAAUAUAUACUAUAUACAUACAUAUUGCAUAUGGAUGCAUUUAAAUACAGGUAUUGAUAGCACUUUACAGAGCCAUAUUUCAGAACCGCACUUACACGAAAAAAAACUUUACAUUGCAGAGUAUAUAAAAAUAAGCAAAGCAUACUUUUAGGCGUUUAGCAUUUGCAAUGGAAAAAAUAAGCACUCUAAGCACACAUACAUAUAAAUAUAUAUAUUGAUAACCGUAUUGCCGCGCGUAAACGCUUGGAAUUUGCGAACAAAAUUAAUGGAAUUAAAUUUUAACAACAAAAACAAAAAACAAAAACAAACCUACACAAGUAUUUCAAAUGCCAACAAACACACAAUCUAACUUUCUAUGCAAAACUUAUGCUUCGAUUUUUGAAGUACACAGCCGCCAGCUAAAUGUUAAGAAAUCUCCAAAUAAAUGUAUUAUGACAAGCAUACCGACAUAACGGGCCAUUUAUGUGUAUGUAUGCAUGGCCUGGCAUCGCUGGCCGAACAUCUAACUGAUAACACUUAUUUAUAUCGUAUAUUUAUUCUAUGGUGUAAGAAGCAAAACAAAUUAAAAAAA